AUGCAUCUUCUGCUUACAACAAUAUUAUCAGCAUGUGUAGGUAGGAAAUACCCGCCUUCAUUGUUUACGUCUCUUCUUUUUGAUAUCCUCAUUGGAAGUAUACUUUUUUAUAGGCAGUUCAAUACAACGUUUAUUGAUGAUAGCUUCCCGCAUACACCAAAAUCGAUUGGGAGAGUACCAAAAACGUUUAUAUGGCUGCGACCGGUACAAAUGUAUACAAAAGAUGGUCGCGCUUGGCCCUGGACUGUUUUCCGAGAUCCACGGUCAUCAGAUAUUGAGCAAGGUUGCUUGGGUGACUGUUGGCUACUGUCAGCGAUGGCCUUAAUAGCGGAACGGCCGGACGUUUUGGAGCAUAUUCUGCUAACGAAGGAGUACUCUCAUUUCGGAGUGUAUCAAGUGAGACUUUGCAUCGACGGGCAAUGGAAGAUUGUCUUAGUGGAUGAUUUCUUCCCAUGUAGAGUGGAAUCGAAGUCAAUAGCGUUUGCUGAUGGAAGGAAAAAUCAGCUGUGGGUACCUCUUAUUGAGAAGGCGUUGGCAAAACAGCUUGGGAGUUACGCUCGCUUACUCGCUGGUAGAACCAUCGAAGGCUUGUCUACCUUAACAGGUGCACCUGUGGAAAUGAUUUGUCUAGAAGACGAAACAGAUAAAGAUGUUAGAUGGGCAAGAAUCUUAAGUGCGAGAGAGGCUGGUUUUAUAAUGGGAUGUAGCUGUGGUGCAGGGAAACGAUAUGUGGACCCUAAAGCUUAUGAAAAGAAUGGUCUGCUUGCACGACAUGCAUAUUCCAUCCUGGAUGUUGUACAAGAAGGGGAACAUAGGCUACUCCGACUCCGAAAUCCAUGGGGCUCAUUUGUAUGGAAUGGUAAGUGGAGCAACAAGUGGUCAGGAUGGCCAAAAGAUUUGAAGCAGAAGUUACUAUCAGGAGAGCCUUCUACAGGAACAUUCUGGAUAAGCUAUGAUGACUUCUUAGCUCAUUUUGAUCUAUGUUCAUCUUUUAAGGUGGAUAUUCUUGUCUGCUUGCACAAAGUUUCUCCGGCCGGUACCAUUGGAGAGCUAGUUUAUCGUUCCCCUCGUAAACUGGAGAACUUUGUGAGCACAGGUGAGCACAAUUGCUUCUAUUGUGUUACAAUUUCAUUAUGGGUUUUGUAG